UGUGAUUUCAUUUGCAGAAAGAGCCAUUGUAAUCCAAGGUGUGGGUUUUCUUAUUUAGAGAGGGAGAGAGGGAACUAGGUUUUCUUGCGGAGAAAAAUGGCAAUUGGGGAAGAAGUGAGUAACAAGCAGAUCAUAUUGAAGAACUAUGUGACUGGUUUUCCCAAAGAAACAGACAUGGAAUUGGUGUCAAGCUCCAUUAAACUCAAGGUGCCAGAAGGAUCUAAGGCUGUUCUGGUGAAGAACCUCUAUCUCUCUUGCGAUCCUUUCAUGAGGCCUCGGAUGUCGAAACCAGAAACAGAGAGCUAUAUCGCUGGAUACACGCCUGGCUCUGUCAUAACUGGUUUUGGAGUAUCUAAAGUUGUGGAUUCUGGAUAUCCUGAUCUUAAGGAAGGUGAUCUUGUAUGGGGGAUGACUGGAUGGGAAGAGUUUAGCUUGAUAUCUAUGCCUGAAACACUUCGAAAAAUCACAUUUACUGAUGUGCCUCUUUCUUACUACACUGGCAUUUUAGGUAUGCCUGGCCUCACAGCAUAUGCUGGACUUUUCGAGCUUUGCUCUCCAAAGAAAGGAGAAAAUGUAUAUGUCUCCGCUGCAUCAGGGGCAGUUGGCCAACUUGUCGGGCAAUUUGCGAAGUCUAUAGGUUGCUAUGUCGUUGGAAGUGCUGGUUCCAAAGAAAAGGUUGAGUUAUUAAAAACCAAAUUUGGGUUUGAUGAAGCUUUCAACUAUAAAGAAGAGAAUGACUUGGUGGCCGCAUUGAAACGGUGCUUUCCGCAAGGCAUAGACAUCUACUUUGAGAACGUUGGCGGCCCCAUGCUCGACGCGGUGCUUUUAAACAUGAGAGAGAAAGGCCGGAUCGCUGUCUGUGGGUUGAUCUCUCAAUACAACCGAGAGAAGCCAGAGGGAGUGUUCAAUCUCUUCUGCCUCAUAUCAAAGCGCAUUCGAAUGGAAGGUUUACUGGUGUUUGAUCACUGGCACUUGUAUCCUCAGUUUGUUGAGAACAUAAGCAAGAGUAUCAUAGAAGGGAAGAUAGUUUAUGUGGAAGACAUUGUUGAAGGCCUCGAGAGUGCGCCCUCGGCCCUCAUUGGGCUCUUCUCUGGCCGAAAUGUUGGCAAGCAGGUGGUCCUACUUGCUCGCGAAUGAUAAAUAAUUGAAUAUUGUUACUGUUUUUUCAUGUAAUUCCCAGACUAAAAUAUAUAUGCAUAUGUAGUUGUAUUCCCUUAUUUGAAAGACUAAGACAUCUUUAUGAAUGUCUGUAUUACUGUUGAUGUGUCGAGAAGUGAGAAUCCCACUUGCAACUGAUGCAUAUUUUUCUCUAUGUUAAUGUAUUAUUCUCUUGCGAGAAAAUAUGUAUAUUGUUACAGUUAGAUUCCUUCAUAUGAAGGAUGAACACAUUGCUAUCAUUAUGUGUGUUUGUUGUAAUGUAUUGGCAAACAAGUAGUGUUACUUUCUGCGUA